UGAAAUAAAACAGCCGCACUUUAGAACACUUCUGCCGGCUUAAUUUUACUUAACACUGGCCUUACGGUGAAGACAACGGCCCCUUUUAUCUCAAAUAUAAUUGUGGCAGGGUUUUUAAAAGAGGGCGAUCUGACAAACCAUGAGUCACCUCAACCCAGGACUUAUUUCAGCAUACAACAGUCUCACAGACAGACAUCUGGCAGGAUACUUCAGCAACACUCGGAUCAGGAGACACCUGCAGAGAGCAGGACUGAUCACAAGGAGUGGGCGCAUUGUUCCAGACAAGGAGUACAGACACAAGCUGAUCCAGAGAGCGCACCACAGACACAUCCGAGAAUGCCUGGCCCAGGCCAUCUUCCACAAGGUGCUGGAGAUGGAGCGUGUCCAUCAAAUAGAGAUCAAAAGGAAACUGGAGGAGUUUGCAAGGAGGGAAAGGGUGCAUAAGAUCAAAGUGGAUCGCUCUAAAAGAUAUGAAGAAGAGAUCAUCCGUAUCCUGUCUCCACGCCCACCCACGGGUGCCCGAGGCAUCCGGAAACAGCACUCUGGUCCAGAGGGGGAGCACUCUGAGUCCUCUGAAUCUCCGGGCUCGACUCGACCCAACACGGCUCCGGGGAAGAUGCAGCGGCCGGUGCGUCUGAAGCCGAUCGGCAGUAACAGCACCACCGCCUCGCUCAGACGCAGCUCCCCUUACAGACUGCUGGAGUCGUCCAAUGAGAACGAGCAGAUGCUCAACAGCACUAUGGAGAAGGAGUCCUGGAGACAUCGGACCACAGCCGAGCCCCCCCGUGGCAUCUCACCCUACUGCCUCCCCGUCAUCAACAACUUCGUCACCCCGGUGCCUCCCUCCACGAAGAGGAGAGAGAGGGGGGUGAAGGUCACUCCCAGCGGGACGCUCCGAGGCCGCAGACUGCGUCCCACCACCGCCUCCAGUGGAGUGGACGCCUACGAGGACCCCCCCAUGCUGAGGAGCUCUGUGCUCCAGAGCAGAGUGCGUGUGAACAUGAUAUACUUUGGCAAAACGGUGCAUCUCUCUCAUGACCUGACCGACAUGAGGGAUGAGGUCAAAGUGUUUCAGCAGCACUGUGGAGGAGAGAACCUGUGUGUUUACAAGGGCAAUCUACGAGAGGGAGAGACUUUCCAGUUCAUUUCCAGGCGGCACCGAGGUUUCCCCUUCAGCUUGACCUUCUUCCUGAACGGGCUGCAGGUGGAGCGGCUCAGCUCCUGCUGCGAGUUCAAACACAGGAAGGGCUCACGACUGGGCGGCAGGCACGGACACUUUGGCUUCUGCGGAGUGGAGGGGGCUUCUCCGUGCUACAAGUGCAUCAUAGCAAUGGGACUGGACAAGAAGCCCACUCCUCCACCAAAGAGAGUCAAAGAUGAUGGAGUAAGAGAGGAGUCAGUGUCCAGCCUGAAGGAGGCUCCUGUGAUGGAGACAGAGAGGACUGCAGACAACGAGUCAGAGUGUGAAACCAGCCGACCUCAGGACAUGGAGACUGAAGUCAAAGAGGCAACGGCAGCGGAGGAGGACAAAGUCAGAGAUGAUUAUGAAGAAGACUUUGAAGCAGAUGACGAGGGCCCUGUGGAAGAUGCUGAAGUGAAGAAAUCCCCAUCUCCUUCUCAAGAAACUGAAAGUCAGACUAAAGAAGGAGACGCCUCUGAGACCGAGGACGACGAGAAGGAAGAGGACAUACAGUCAGCUUCAGGCUCCAGCUCCUCAGACAGUGAGCGGGAAGAGAGCGAUGCUGAGGUCACCAAAGAGGACGAGAAAGCAGAAAACAUUAAAGAAGUCGACCCGGAGGAAAGUGCUGUUCCACUAGAAGCUGCCACUGAGGCCAUACCUGCUGCGCCUAAAGACUCGGACAAACAGGACACUGCGGGAGACAGUACCGAGAUAGAAGUGUGUGAAACAAGUGUCCCCUCGGCCAAUGAGAAUCAACAAAGUGAAGAAAUCUCAGCAGAAAAAGACGAGGAGAAAAUGGUAGAUGAGAGCAAAGCGGAGCAGGAGCAGGAUAGGGCUAAAUCUGUGCAGGAGAAGUUGGCAGAAGCCAUCCUGAAGGAGUCCCAGUGCAGCUCCGAGCCUGAGCUGAGCGACACCAGCACCGAGGAGGAGGAGGAGGAGUCCUCAGAGAAAGGCCCUGAACCGGACAGCAAGGAUGCAGUUGCAGUGAAGUCUAUCACCUUGACAGAAGAACUACAGGCCGUUGUGGAGGAGACAAAAUGUGAGGAAGAGGUUGUUUGUGAAGCUGAAGAAGUACAAGAGACGUCUGAUCCAAAAGAACAAGAGGAAGAAUCUGAACAGGAACCCCAGGAGAACAAAGAUGUUCCUAAAGAUGUGGAAAUCGAAGAGGAAAAUGAAAAGGACAAAAACACAGAGCAUGUUAAAUCAGAGGAGGCAGAAGAUGCAGCUACAGCUCUGCAUCCUGUAUCUGAAGAGGAAAUGGCUGAGGAAGACAAGACUUCAGGACAUCAAGAAUCAGCUAAAUCAGCCAAUGAGGAGGCUCUAGAGAAAGACAAAGAAACCGAGGAGGAAAAGGACGUGGAGGUUGACACGCAGCUCGACGAGACAGGACACGGGGCAAAAAGCAGCGAGGAGGAUGAGUCAUCGGUAUCAGAGCCGAAUCAAAUCCCUGAUGAGACAGCAGCGCCUCAUGAUGCAGAGGCGAUGACAGCCAGCGAGACAAAGGAGAUGAAAGCAGAGCCCUCAGAGGAGCGAGAGGCCCUCAGCUGUGAAGAGGCACCUGUAACCCACACAGAGACGAGGCAGCAGGGAGGCAGCGAGGACGCAGAGACUGAAGGCACAGCGGAGAACUCAAGCAGCUCCACGGAGGGUAGCGGAGACACCACAGUGGAAACAAGUGUAUAUUUAAGUGAGGAGAAUGCUAAAGAGGAAAGUAGUAAAGAUGAUAUUAAAGAAGCGUCAGCAGUAGAGGAGAGUAAAGAUGGCGUUGAAGAAGAAGAGGAGGAUGAUGAGAGUAAGACGGAAGAAAGGAUAGAAAAGGAGGAAAUGAGUUCAGAGCGGACUGAAGUUGACUUUAAGGAUGAAGGAAAUGCAAAUGAAGAACAGGCAGAGAAAUCCCAAAGUGAGGAAGAGGAAGUUGCAAAUGAAGAGAAGGCAGAUGAAUUAGAAAAGACAGAGAAAGACGAAGAAGAUGGUGAAAGUGUCAAGAAUACAAAUGAUGAGGAAGAAUCAGAGGAAAAGGGAGAUGAAGCUAUUGAGAGUGAAAAGGUGAACACAGCAGCUGGGGGGGGAAAGGAUGAGGAAGAGAAAGAUAACAUCGAGGACAAAUCUGAGAAGGAUAAAGAUGAGGAAGGAUGUGAAGAGAAACAAGAGGAAGCUGAUAAGACUCCAGACAGAGAAGAAAAGACGUCUGAGAUCAUGGAGGAAUCUGAGGGAAGUACAGGUGCCGACUUGGAUAAAGAUAAUGCAACAAUAUCAGAUGAUAAUAUUGUCGAGUCAGAGGAUGUCGAGGAUAGUGAAGCAGGAAAUGUAGCACAGGGGACUGAAACGACUGAAGAGACUUCAAACAACGUAAUGGAGGUUGAAAAAGAAAUUCAAGAAGUAAAUGACAGCAGUGAAAAGGGACAAGUUGACGUUGAAAAUGGAGAGAUGUCAACCGAGAAGAAAACUCAGGAGGGAGAAGGAGAGGUUCAAACUGACGUGAAAAGAGACGAGAAUACUGAGACAAAAGCAGAGGAGCCCACAGAGGGGGAGAGCACAGAGGGAAAGGAAGUAACUGUGAAGUCUGAAGCUGAAACACCUGAAGUCGACAAAGCUCCUGAUGUGGCACACACUGAGGCUGAGGCAGCAGAGGACAGUGUCGAAAAGCAAGAGGAAUCCACUCAAAACGACGACCCGGACACAUCUGGCAUGGAAACGAAGGAUGAAUCGAAAUCAGACGAGAGAAACGACGAGGAGGGAUCGAAACAAGAUGAAAAUGGAAAUGUAUCUGAGCCUGACAGUGAAAACAGAGAUUCCGAGUUGAUGACAAAGAGCGAUAAUGUGUCGAGUCAUGUCAGUGAGGUGAUGGUUGCUUCGUCAGGUGACCAGGCACAAACUCCAACACACACAGCUGUGGAUUUAGAUCCAGCUCAGAAGUUAGAGGUAUCCACGGCACAGCCUGACUCUAACACUGAAAAACACACGGAAGAAAAUCCUGCUGAUCACUCUGCAACUGACGGAGAAAACGGAGCAGACACGGAGGAGGCGAGCAAGGCCUCGGAGGAAGGAGCCAGCGUGCUGCUCCAACCUCAAACACAGUCCCCGACACAAAACAACACAGAGGAGAGCGUAGCAGAAGUUAAAGAAACUCCAGAAGUACCAACAAGAGAAAACAACGCAGAGAUGGUCACAAACUGGGUAACCAAGCAUCAAACAUCCAAGUUCUUUGAGACGUUUGUUGAACCGUUGGAAGACUUAAAGGAAUCACCAGAUGCUCAACUUAACGCCAACGAAGAGGAAACACAAUCUACAGAACAGGCGAGAGCAGAGAGUCCACUUAUGAUGGCAGAGAUAUCUCAAAGUGUAAAUGAGGAAAGGGUUACAAGCAAAGAGGAACCUCAAUCUUCAGCUCACUCUGAAGCCGGAGAACAGAGUGAGAAAGACUCUCAGCAAGUGGAGGAGACUGAAGUAAAGGACUUUAAAGUAAAGCCAGAGAGUGAUAAAGAGUCUGUGAAAGGGCAAGAUAUAAGGUCAGAGGACCAGAAAGGAAGUAGGCGAUCUCUUGAUAAAGUGCAAGAAGGUUUAAUGCAGGAUGACACUGAGCAAACUGAUGUUUCCAAAACUGAAGUGGAAAGCCUAUCAGGGACUCAGCAUUCAGUAACGAGCGGCAGAGCUGAGGGGGAGGAGAAAACUAGUCCAGAGUUGAAUGAAAAACAAGCAAAUGAAGAGGAGAAAGAUCUUCUACCUUUAUCCAAGACAGAAGAGCAGGGCGAAUGUUCAACGAUUCCUGAAGGGCUUUCCAAGUUGAAGGCAAAUGAAACAAAAGAUACCGAAGAAACUCUGGAAACAAGUGAACAAAGUCGAGAAGUCAAAGAAAUAACCGAUUUCACAACGUCUGACGAUGGAAGUCAAGAGGAGACCCAACGGAAAGACAUUGACCCCCAACCGUCGGACGCGAGCAUCAACGGAGACAGACGAGACGUGCAGAUGAUCGAGGACAUCAAACACACGUUGAGUAAAGACCGACUCAGCACUUUCUCAGUGGGUGAAGCGAUGUUCAGUAGAAGUUCAUAUCCUCUGCUGACCGCUGCGAGGACAGAGAGCGGACAUUAGAGCGGCUCCAAGGUACAGUGAGGCUUUAAUAGUUUGUUCUUUAGUUACAGGAUAAUGUGAUCAAAAGUGAAUAUCAAACAAGCGAGGAAUUAGACAAUCAGAUGGCUACAUUUAGAAAAACAGACAUUUCAGUCGGACAACUCACGUGUUUCUUAAUAUGUUUAUUAGAAGCAGCAUAUAGUUGAGUUUGGCGUCUAGGGCCUCAUCACUCCACAGAUGUAUAAAGAACAUUGAGUGAUGUUAAUGUAUCAUUGGUACUCGAGUUGACUGCCUGAACUAGCUCGCAGGCUUCGCCCCAUUAUUAGGGACUUCCCCAAGGUACAACAAAAGCUUGUCUUAGAGUAUACAUUCAUAAAAACAGUGACUGUUACUUUGGAUGGAAGUCAUUGGUAUUGGAUGGCAGUCUGAAAAUGCACAUCUUUAUAUCCUAAUUAAGACUUGUUUAUCAUAAAAUGGUUGGUUAGCUUUCUAUUAUUAAAGUAUUCCAAACUUACAAUCAGAGUGCCUUGGAUGCUUUUUAGAUUGCCAACAUAUACCAUUGACUUCCAUUAAAAGUAAGCUGUGUUUUUUUUCCGUUUUUUACUAGACUACUUGCCCUGUUCUUGAAGAGCACUUGUUUUUGAUUUCAACAUCACCUACUCCAAGUUUCCUCACAGAGUGCAGCACUGUUUAUGGUUUUAGUUUUGUCCGAGGCCUUCAAGUGUCUUGUGGCUUCUAUGUUUACCUCACAAAGGCUUCUUAAACAGUCUUCAUCCUUCACUAACCAAAAAGAGGACGCUGCAUAAGGAGUUUUGACUGCUGCAUGAAAUGUUUACAAUAGAGCAUCUCUUCCUAUUGUCGCUAACAAAGAGGCGUCGUAUCAAGUGCAGCUGCUAUCACUUAUUACCCGUAAACCGAUACUCUUCCACUCACACACGACUCAAUAAUUGAUCGUUGUUGGUCUCCCACAGCUUAGUUUGUCCCAGCUACGCUAUUUCCACUGAUGUUACAGUACCUUAGAGAUCUGUAAUUGCACUGUGUUUUCGUGCUUAAACGUGUAUAUUUCUUAAGUUGAAAUCUAGACAAAAAAACGGGAAUUCUAACCUAAGCUAGCAAGGAUCCAAGAAUAAAACAGUGGUAACAUUGUGAAAUGUCAAAUAUAGCAGCGCUGAGUUGUGUCAUUAGAGCUGCUAAUACUACCUCUUAUUUAAAAAGAAAAUAUUUAUUUAUUUAUAUUGCCUUUUCAUUUGAUCCGUAUGGCUAGCGUGGGUUUGUGAGGCUUCUUGUGUUUGAUUGAUAUCCG